AUGAAGCAUAACCAAAAUGAAAAAGCAAGUAAAAAUGGUUAUCACUCUGACGACGACAAUGUAAGAUACAAGAUAAAUAGACAAUACUUUAAUAAUGUGAAAUCUUCCAAAGUAACUAAGAAAACAUUAAAAUGUAACGAUGAAGAUAAUGUUAGAUAUAAACUUCCUCCACCCGCACCUGUUCAAAAAAUUAAAAUAAUAGAGAAAAAACAGAAGCCAAAACCAAAAAUCAAAGUAAACUUUUGGAGCACAAAGCAACCUGGAAGCCGAUUAAAAAAGCCAGAUGCUUUUAAGGAGAAUAACAAUCGAAGACAUACUGUCGGAGAUGCAACCAACACUAGUAAACCAAAACCAUCAUUAAAAGUCUGCAAACGGGUUUCAUUUCUUCCAUCACCAGUAUUUACAGAAAACCAUGUACCUAUGGUCACUGUACCCGACGACCUUACUAUACAGUUGAAUGAAGAAGAAGCCAAUGAUUUGAGGGAUGACUUGAACUUUGCAUUUGUGAAUAGUCUUGAAUCGGAAUCAAAAUUAGAUAAGAAGUCUAAGACAUCAAUGACACAAACUAGUCCAAAAGGUGCUAAACGUAAACGAUCUGAAGACUUUGAUACUAGAUCUCAUAAUAAUGAAAAUGAAUUAGAAUUUUUCUCCAAAUAUGUUGUACAAAAGCUUAGAAGAAUGGAGACGAACCAACGCAUAUACUCUGAAAACCUUAUUAACACUGUCCUAAUGUUGGGUCAGCUUGGUAAAUUAAAUGGAAAAUCUAAAAUAUUAGAAGCAUAG